UUGCCUACGAUAUAGCUAGAGAGAUAUGCCCCACUUAGUUUUACAACCCUCACCACUCAUACCAUUAUUCCAGCUCCAACGUAGGUGUAUAUAUAUUAGUAUACAUACACACAUAUAUCUCGAAUCCCAGUUCAGUAGUUUUAAUUAAUAUUAUGAUAAACUUGUACACUUGUUGUAUUUUUCUGUCAUCCUCCUUUGACUCCUCCUUACAAGUCAUCUCAUCUUCUUCGCUAAUUUCUGGCCUUACCUUGUUUGCUAUAUGCGUAGCUACCUCUAGCUAUCUGUUCAAGCAAUCUCCAUAUUCAUUGAACACACCAGAAAAUUCCAAACACUGGUACACAAAAUCCAAACUGCAAUAUUUGCUCAGAAACUCCAAAUCUUUCUCCUCCAAUCCCAACUUUCCAAAUAUCCCGGAAUCCAUUAGAGAAUCCCAGUCAAUAUUAUCACCUAUAUAUAUAUAUAUAAAGCUGUGAGGUAAUUUGCUCAUCAUCAACCCAAAAUUGGAUUGGUUUUCUUUUCUUCUUUGUUUUGCCAUUAAUGGACCACUUAAAAGAAUUUGAAGGGAAACUAGUCCACGAUAAGAUGACGGCGCCGGGUGGUGGUGGUGCUACUAGAAGAAGGCGAAUAUGGGUUCCAGGACCCAUCAUAGUCGGGGCAGGUCCUUCGGGUUUGGCGGCAGCGGCUUGUCUGAAAGAGAAAGGUAUCCCAAGCUUGAUCCUCGAGAGGGCAAAUUGCAUAGCAUCAUUAUGGCAGCUAAAAACGUACGACCGCCUCCGUCUUCAUCUUCCCAAACAAUUCUGUCAGCUUCCACUGAUGCCAUUCCCUUCCAAUUUUCCAACUUACCCUACUAAACAACAUUUCUUGGACUACCUCAAGGCUUAUGCCAACCACUUCGAUUUGAAACCCAUCUUUAACAUGAGGGUGGAGAGUGCUCGGUUCGACCACAGAGGCGGGCUUUGGCAAGUCAAGGGCUCCACCACCGCCACGGCACCCGGUUCUCAUCAUCAAAAGGAUUAUCACGAUGAUGGUCAUGCCGAGAUCAUCAUCGACGAGUAUGUAAGCCAAUGGCUUAUUGUGGCGACGGGAGAGAAUGCGGAGGAGACCCUGCCGGAGAUCGAAGGCAUACGUAGCUUUGGUGGCCCUGUAGUCCACACCAGCUCGUACAAGAGCGGUGAGCAGUUUAGCGGGAAAAAGGUUUUGGUGAUUGGAUGCGGCAACUCGGGGAUGGAGGUUUGCUUGGAUCUGUGUAACUAUAAUGCUCGUCCUUCGCUUGUGGUGCACGUAUUGCCGCAAGAGAUGUUAGGAAGUUCAACUUUUGGACUAUCCAUGUGGUUACUUAAGUGGUUACCAGUUUGCCUUGUGGAUCGAUUUUUACUUCUAAUGUCACGUUUGUUGCUUGGCGACACAUCCAAAUUGGGACUAACUAGACCAGAGGUCGGCCCUCUUCAGCUCAAGUCCAUUUCCGGCAAAACUCCCGUUUUAGAUGUUGGAACACUCGCUAAGAUCAAAACUGGGGAAAUUAAGGUUUGCAAGGUCAUAAAGCGAUUAUCACUACAUGCUGCUGAGUUUAUAGAUGGGAAAGUAGAGAAUUUCGAUGCCAUCAUUUUAGCAACAGGCUACAAAAGUAAUGUUAUGACUUGGCUGAAGGAGACGAAAAUGUUCAGUGAGAAAAAUGGAAUGCCUCGGAAAGGUAUCCCGAAUGGGUGGAAAGGGGAAUGCGGACUGUAUGCGGUGGGGUUUACUCAGCGUGGCCUGCUUGGGGCAUCAGCGGAUGCGACCAGAAUAGCACAAGACAUCUAUGAUCAGAGCUGCAAAGCUGAUGAUCACUCCGCUACGCAUAAUUCCGUGCCCUUUAAUUGCAACCCUAUUCUAUACUACUCUACUACUCAUGCCACACCACCGACACCGCCAACAUCAACUAGCUCUACCUAUAGCGCCAGCCAGCCAGCUACCAUAUCAGCUAUACAAUAAUUUAUAUAUAUUAUCAUUUUUUAAGGCAUAUAUAUUAAGGUAGUUUUGUGCACUUCAAAAAAGAAAAAGCACACCGUUUCAACCCUUUUAAGUUUUUGACUCCAAAAGUAUUUUUGGCCCAAUUUAUUUUAUGGUUUUUGUAUAUUAUAGUUAUUUAGAGCAGCAUGUAAUUUUUUUUGAAAAUUUUGAAUAAUUUAUAGUGUCGAAAACAAUGUUCAAAUAAGUUA